GCGUGGAGGUGAAGGCGGGCGAGACGGUGGAGGUGGACCCUCGGGAUAUUGCUGACUAUGUUCACAUUACCCAGGUCGCUCUAGGCCCCUCCCCCAAGGCAGGUGAGCGAGUGGCCAUCACACUCACCACCGCCCCACCCACUGAUAGCGACAGUGACGAGGAGGAGGAGGAGCAGUUGAAGGGCAAGGACGGGAGUGCAGAGGGGUACAGCGUGGUGGUGGCAGUGCUGCAAGCGGGGGAGAAGGACCAGGCGAGAGUGCAGUUGGUUUUGGAACGGCCGUUCAGUUUGGCUCAUGGCAGCACGGGGAGUGUGUUCUUGAGCGGAUACAAGACGAUGCAGGAGUAUCCGGAUGGGGGAGAGGCCGAUGAGGACCCGUUUGCUGAUAUUGAGGAGGAUGAGGAAGAGGAGGAGGAAGAAGAGGAGGACGAGGAGGCGAUUGAGAGGGAGGCGGCAAAGGAGAUAGCAGCGCUGCAGGCGGAGCUGGCCACCAAAAAAGCGAAGAAGGCUCAGAAGGCAGCAGCUGUGCUGGCAAAGCUCACAGCAGCACAAGAAGAGAAGAAGAAGGCUGAGAAAGAGGCAGGCGAAGGGAGCAAGGGAGGAGUAGGGGAGAAAGGCGGAGAAGGGGCGAAGGCAGGGAGUGCGAAUGGUGUGGAUGGGAAGAGGAAAGCGGGGGAGAUUGAGGGCAGUGAGAAGGAGGCGGGACAGGGGACGCCUGGGGGAGAGGCAGGUGAGGGGAAGGGGAAGAGGAGAAGGGGGAAGAAGGGGAAGGAGGAGGGGACUCCUGGCAAGGAAGAUAAGGCAACGCCCACCACGCCAGCAACUACGCCUGUCCCCCGCGCCCCGGCCCCAACCCCAGCCAAGCCAGUGCCGAACCCCCCCACUCCCGGCGCCACGCUAGCCAAAGCCGCCUCUGCUCUCGCCAAAGCAGCUCCUGCCGCCUCCUCUGCUAAAGCAUCCACUCCGGCGAAAGCAGCCAAGGCAGGAACGGCAGGCAGCACCCCUGCUAAGGACGGUUCAACGCCGGCUGAAGAGGCGAAAGCAGCCAAGGCAGCUACUCCUGAAGGCGGAAUUGUGUGCGGAGCGUGCAACAAGUGA